AUGAUACACCUUCGCAUCUGGCUGUUGCUUUGUGGACUGACCAUUAAGCUGGCCAGCUGUGGUGUAUUGCAUGUAAAGGAAGACGCCUUGUCCAUGAACCAGAACCGCCAAACUGCCGAGAUCGAAAAGCCAAGCUUAUUUACGGAAGCAGAUAUCGCUGACGGCAUUGAUUCUGUAAGCAACGAACUACUGAAAAGAAGGAAUCGGCAUAAGGGCCAGCUAAAGGCUAGAAGUUGCAAGACAAGAAAUACCGAGGAAAUUACCUCAUACUAUGUCAUCAAAGGUAAUCAGCAUCAGAUGAGUGACGAUGAGUGUGGACCAGGCACAAUCACAUCAUCCACUUCUCGGUCCUUCCAGAGAGGCUUUGCUAUUCAGCUCGGUGUUUUUCAUGUGAGCAAACCACUCUAUCUUACUACGUAUACAAUAUUUAACACAAGCAUGAAGCCUACAAGUUAUCUCGGAGAUGCUGUCGAAAAGCUUGUGCCCACGGGUCAAUUCACCCAAGCUUCAGGACGGUUUCUGUCUCUGAUGAUGGAAGUCUUUGCUCAUCGGAUGACUUAA